GAGCAACAGAUGUGGCCCACACCCAUUUGAGGGAGAGAGAGAAAAAAAACACAUUACGCAUGGGUCUCCAACUUAACACCACUGUCAACUUAACAGCAAAGCAGUUGCACAAAUUCAUCAAGGAAAGGGAGUUAAUGAGUUCUGGAAUUGCACUGACUGACAUCAUCAUGAAGGCAUCAACCACAGCAGGUCCGGCAAAAACCAUGACAUCGCCAGAAGCCUUCGAACAAGGAAUCAUUGAGGUCGUCACCCGUCUGGUCACACAGAAUUUCACAGAACACUUCACACAACCCUUCAGAGCUGGAGUUCUGACAACAACUUCUGCAGAUAUGACUGAAACAAACUCAGCCGCUUUUUUAGUGGGAGCCGCCCACGUAGAGGAUGGAUCCUUUGAAGCCAUUUUCGGAGGAGUCAUUUUUGCCCUGCUCCUGGCGCUGCUCCUGGCGUUGCUGGUACUGCGCUACAUUGUCAAGCAUAAGGGCACUUACCACACCAACGAGGCCGACUGUGGUGAUUCCGUCGACAAGUUUGGCGGUGACUCUCAAAGCGAGCAGGUUCAACUAGAGAUUUUGGACAAGGAAGAAUAGAAAGAAGGAUACUUCAUUUGAAACAGGAUCUUGUUCCAUUUCUAAACCAGGGCCAAUAUUUUCUAUGGAAUUGGAAAUGCCUAUGAUGGUCAUCUAAUUUCAAGACAUUAU